AAAAAAAACGAUUUAAACGCCUCCCCUUAUUACGUGUAUAGUUAUUUUAGUAAAGAACUUUUAAAAUGUAUUUUUAUAACGUGAUUAAAAAAAAUCCGAGUGGCUCCUGCUGAUAGCUGCGUCCUGUACAGCGCUUUGAGAGCCUUGAUGAAAAGCGCCGUGUAAAUGUAAUUAUUAAUAUCGUUGCGUUUACCGGUAACCGCGUGUAAACCCAAAACCGGUUAGCUGUUGGCCACGCCGUGGAGAAUCGUCUCGCGACGAGCGUGAGACGUUCAACCUCGCCGAACGAGUCCCGCGGCAUCGUCAACAGCCGCACCGGGCUCGCCGCUCAGAGGUCACCGGCUCCAUUCGAUCUCUCGUCGCGGGAGUUUCAACAAUUGGCCCCGCUUGCUCCAGCGGCACUAUUCGUGACGAAAGUUCCACUGGACAUCGAUCAUCGGUCGCCGAUUUUUGGAGCCGGCCACACACCAUGUCGCGACACAGCCGCCUGCAGAAGCAGGUGCUGGGCCUGUACAAGCAACUGUUACGUGCGGCCUGUGACAAGCCAGGCUUCACCCCACACAUCCGCGCCGAGUUCCGCCGCAACGCCGCCUUCCCUCGCUCGGACGUCAUGCGCAUUGAGAUGAUGAUGCGGCGAGCACAGCGCCAGCUGGAACAGCUGCGCGACCCCAGCACCCGCCAGAUGGGUGCCUUCAGCAGCACGGAGCCACCGGGUGAGCGGGCAUGAUGGCGCCCUGGCCGGCAGCAUCCCAAGUGCGUGAGCGUCAACGAACGACUCAACAUGGGACCAAUGCUGCCCACGUGGAUCAGCCAGGGUUCAUGGUGCGUUUGGCGACUUGGGAAUGACUGACGUAGACUGUGGAGUCCUGAGUAAUGGCUGGUGUCUCCAAGAUAAGAUUUGGUGUUUUGCGAAUGUGUUUGAAACUUGCGUCGUGAUGUUGAGUUUGUUAAACAGCAACCAACCACGGCAAAGUUUCCAUAAUGGACAGGGCUUAGUUGAACACAGUUGCUGAGGCACUUGGCUCGAGGCCUGAUACGUCAAGCAGCCAGCAACAAUCACUCCUAUCACAAUAAUAACAAAUCAAGUUAACGUUUCUUUAAUUCAGCAAGGUUAUAAGUGCUUGGGAAAAGAGAUGGCAGGGAAUUAUAUGGCUGCGGCUGCGUGCCUAGUCCAGCCUACCAGAACAUUCGGUGAUAAAUUAAGCUUUGGUGGACUCGCAUAGGCUGCGUUCUUGGGCUCAUGGUCCACAUGUGGUUGACAUCACUGUCUUGCACAAUGCAACUCAAUACCAGUGCCUGAACUAUUGUACACGUUGCACACUCUUCACAGGCGAAGUGUGGGUGUAAUGCUGCCGCCCGCUUCAGGUUACAGUUUACCCCACCCUAGUCCCCUUGGCCACCGUGUGUCGCAGUUUUAUUUGCGGGGCCCUCUGGUGCUUUCCAUAACUUAGUAUCGCACACACAGGAUAAGCUGUAUAUAUUUGUAUAGUCACUAAAUGACGGACAUCACAACCAUGCAUAAACGAGUACACACUGUGUCAUGUUGCUAAUAAAAUAUUAUUUAUG